CAUAUAUUAGUAUGGACUCGAAUUAGUAGAUAUAUUUUAUUAUUAUUUUAAAUCAAAAGUGAAAUACUAAAUUCGUUUAAAACUUCCCGUUAAUCAUCAAUGUGGCCGAUACGAUUUUCCUGUGUGCAUUUCUGCUAUUUGUGCCUCCUGUUCUUGAUUAUCCGUCAAAAUGCGCUACAAGCAGCGCCGGUCCAGCAUCUGGCGCCGCAUUCUCAAGGCGCACAAGAGUCACUUAAGGAGCCUGACGUUGAGUUUCAGUGGACAAAUAGAACCGAUUCUGGAUCUCGGUCCAGCUUAGGACUGCUUACUAGCCUGAGCCGUAAGUCCUCCCAGCAAGUGAGGAAAAAAAUCCCACCGAUAGUGCAUUCUCCCCGAAAAAAUAACCAGGACAGUGACAAGCGGGUAAGGAGCCGGGACAAAAAGCGACCUAUAGAAGAUGUUUCCAAGAAGAUAUUUCCAAGCCUACCAGAAGCAGCGCCGGCCCAUCGUUCGCAGUACUCUCGAGACUUUCACGAGUCACUCAAGGAGCCUCAGGUUAAGUUUGAGGGGUCAAAUAAAACCGAUGAUAACACGGACCGUGUGGAGACACGGAAAUCAGGAUCUGGGACCAGCAUGGGCCUGCCCACUGGCCUGCGCCAUAAAUCCUCCCAGCAAGUUAGGAAAAAAAACCCACCGAUAGUGCAUUCUCACCGAAAAAAGAACCAGAACAGUGACAAGCGGGUAAGGAGCCGGAAGAAACAGCGACCUGUAGAAGAUCUUUCCAAGGAGAUCUUUCCAAGCCUACCAGAAGCUGCGCCGGUCCAUCGUUCACAGUACUCUCGACUCACUCACGAGUCACUCAACGAGCCUCACGUUGAGUUUCAGGGGCCAAAUAAAACCGAGAAUAACAAGGACCAUGUAGGGACGUGGAAAUCGGGAUCGGGGUCCAGCUUGGGCCUGCCUACUGGCUUGCCCACUAACUCCUCCCAGCAAGUGCACCCACCGAUAGUGCAUUCUCACCGAAAAAAGAACCAGAACAGUGACAAGCGGGUAAGGAGCCGGAAGAAACAGCGACCUGUAGAAGAUCUUUCCAAGGAGAUCUUUCCAAGCCUACCAGAAGCUGCGCCGGUCCAUCGUUCACAGUACUCUCGACUCACUCACGAGUCACUCAAGGAGCCUCACGUUGAGUUUCAGGGGCCAAAUAAAACCGAGAAUAACAAGGACCAUGUAGAGACACGGAAAUCGGGAUCGGGGUCCAGCUUGGGCCUGCCUACUGGCCUGCCCCGUAAAUCCUCCCAGCAAAUAAAGGAAGAAAAACCACCGAUAGUGCAUCCUUCCCGAAAAAAUGAGGAAAGCGACAAGCAGGGAAGGAGCGAUGGCAAACUGCGCCCCAUAGAAGAUCUUUCCUUUCGUGCCGGGAAAGAGGUAACGACUAAAAGAAGACCAAAAGAACUCACCAUACCAUUAGCGCGCAAUAUGAUGGGCAACUUGGCCAGGCGAAUGGAAAACCCCUGGGCUGUAACCUAUGGCGAUGUGUGGCACGACACUCGUCUUGCUGUCGCCCAUUUCAGUAGAAUGCCCCGAAUUCAUCUGGCAUCGUCGCCACGCGUUGAUUACUAUCCCGAUGAUGCCAAGCUUGUCAGCGUGUGCAACACUAAGUCGACCCUGUAUUAUUCUUACCAUUUCCAAUGGAUCCAAAAGACGUCCUGGAAAUGGGUGGCACGCCAUGUCUACGAGAAACCCUUCGAAUUCAGACGGAUUAGCAUAGAAGCGAGGGACUCCGUUAACGACGAAGAAUGCCACAGCAUUGGCAAAAAAAGGAAGACCACGGUCCUUGAACAUCUUGAUUGCAGUCUUAAGGCCUAUCAAGAAAUGGAAUACCGUAUGCCCCAAUAUCCAAAGCGUCAGGACGGAUGAUAGUUUAACAAUCCGCAAAGAAAAAAAUUAAAAAACCUAAAUGCCGGACCUCUGAUCCAUAGAUUACAUCCGUGUAAAACAGUUUACUAAGAUCAAUCUUGGUACGCUUUUCUCGCGGGUUUCUAUCUUUGAAAUUGUGAUAAAUUCUCUGUAUGCUCGUUAUUUCGUGAUAAUCUUAUAUCUUCUAUAUGUAUAAAAAUGGAGUGAAAAAUGUA